UUGUGGGGAUCCGAGGCUGCCUGGCUGCGCUUCCCGCAGCCGCCCGGCGGCGGCCUGCGCUCCUUUUCGUGAGUCGUAGUCCUUAUCCUCAGCGCUGCCCGGCGGGAGGCGCGAGCCGGACUACGCAUCCCGGCAUGCACUGCGGCGCCCAACCGACCACUGCCUACCGGCUGCGGACGCCUGCGAGCAGGUUGUUGUUUUUAUAAGAGGCGUCAUUGGCGUCCGAGCUGCGACUGCCGCCGGUGGGGAAGCCUGCGCGAUCCGGCGGAGGUGGCGCUGCCCCUUCAGACCUGAAAAAUGUCUGAAAAUUCCAGUGACAGUGAUUCAUCUUGUGGUUGGACAGUCAUCAAUCAUGAGGGGUCCGAUAUAGAAAUGGUAAAUUCUGUGACAGCCACUGACAGCUGUGAGCCCACCCAAGAAUGUUCAUCUUUAGAGCAAGAGGAGCAGAGGGAGCAGGGAGAAAGCAGCCAAAAUGGCACAGUGUUUAUGGAAGAAACUGCUUAUCCAGCUUUGGAGGAAACCAGCUCAACAGUUGAGGCAGAGGAAGAAAAGAUAGCUGAAGACAGUAUCUAUAUUGGGACUGCCAGUGAUGAUUCUGAUAUUGUUACCCUUGAGCCACCUAAGUUAGAAGAAAUUGGAAGUCAAGAAGUUAUCACUGUUGAAGAAGCACAGAGUUCAGAAGACUUUAACAUGGGCUCUUCCUCUAGCAGCCAGUAUGCAUUCUGUCAGCCAGAAACUGUAUUUUCAUCUCAGCCUAGUGACGAUGAAUCAAGUAGUGAUGAAACCAGUAAUCAGCCGAGUCCUGCCUUUAGACGACGCCGUGCUAGGAAGAAGACUGCUUCUACUUCAGAAUCUGAAGAACGGCCGCUUGCUGAACAAGAAACCGAACCUUCUAAGGAGUUGAGUAAACGUCAGUUCAGUAGUGGUCUCAAUAAGUGUGUUAUACUUGCUUUGGUGAUUGCAAUCAGCAUGGGAUUUGGACAUUUCUAUGGAUAUAUGGUCGCACUAGCUCAGAGUUCUGCUAAGCCAACUGUCCGCAUGAUCACUUCUAUGCUUCUUAUCUUUGAGACGAGUUGGCAGCCGCGUUGGUCUUUCUACUUUGCUGUCGCGGAUGCUAGAACGCAUUUUGACGACUCCCAUUCAUUGAAAGAAAACCUUGCAAGGUGUUGGACCCUUACGGAAGCAGAGAAGGUGUCCUUUGAAACUCAGAAAACUAACCUUGCUACAGAAAAUCAGUAUUUAAGAAUAUCUCUGGAGAAGGAAGAAAAGGCCUUGUCUUCAUUACAGGAAGAGUUAAACAAACUAAGAGAACAGAUUAGAAUACUGGAAGAUAAAGGGACAAGUACUGAAUUAGUUAAAGAAAAUCAGAAACUUAAGCAGCAUUUGGAAGAAGAAAAGCAGAAAAAAUACAGCUUUCUUAGUCAAAGAAAGACUCUGUUGGCAGAAGCAAAGAUGCUAAAGAGAGAACUGGAGAGAGAACGACUAUUAACUACAGCUUUAAGAGGGGAACUCCAUCAGCUAAGUGAUAUUCAGUUACAUGGCAAGUCAGAUUCUCCCAAUGUAUUUACUGAAAAAAAGGAAAUGGCAGUCUUACGGCAAAGACUCACUGAGCUGGAAUGGAAGCUAACCUUCGAACAGCAGCGUUCUGAUUUGUGGGAAAGAUUGUAUGUUGAGGCAAAAGAUCAAAAUGGAAAACAAGAAACUGACGGAAAAAAGAAAGGGAGCAGAGGAAACCACAGGGCUAAAAAUAAGUCAAAGGAAACAUUUUUGGGUUCAGUUAAGGACACAUUUGAUGCCAUGAAGAAUUCUACCAAGGAGUUUGUGAGGCAUCAUAAAGAGAAAAUUAAGCAGGCUAAAGAAGCUGUGAAGGAAAAUCUGAAAAAAUUCUCAGAUUCAGUUAAAUCUACUUUCAGACAUUUUAAAGAUACCACCAAGAUCAUCUUCGAUGAAAAGGGUAAUAAAAGAUGUGGUGCUACAGAAGCAUCCGAAAAACCGAGAACAGUUUUUAGUGACUAUUUACAUCCACAGUAUAAGGCACCUACAGAAAACCGGAAUAGAGGCCGUACUAUGCAAAAUGAUGGAAGCAAAGAAAAGCCAGUUCACUUCGAAGAAUUCAGAAAAAAUACAAAUUCACAGAAAUGCAGUCGUGGGCAUGAUUGUAGAGAAAAUUCUCAUUCUUUCAGAAAGACUUGUUCUGGUGUAUUUGAUUGUGCGCGACAGGAAUCCAUGAGCCUUUUUAACACAGUGGUGAAUCCUAUAAGGAUAGAUGAAUUUAGACAGAUAAUUCAAAGGUACAUGUUAAAAGAACUGGAUACUUUUUAUCACUGGCAAGAAUUUGAUCAGUUCAUCAAUAAGUUUUUCCUAAAUGGUGUCUUUAUACAUGAUCAGAAGCUCUUCACUGACUUUGUUAAUGAUGUUAAAGAUUAUCUUAGAAACAUGAAGGAAUAUCAAGUAGAUAAUGAUGGAGUAUUUGAGAAGUUGGAUGAAUAUAUAUAUAGACACUUCUUUGGUCACACUCUUUCCCCUCCAUAUGGACCCAGUCGACCUGAUAAAAAGCAACGUAUGGUAAAUAUUGAAAACUCCAGGCAUCGAAAACAAGAGCAGAAGCACCUUCAGCCACAGCCUUAUAAAAGGGAAGGUAAAUGGCAUAAAUAUGGUCGCACUAAUGGAAGACAAAUGGCAAAUCUUGAAGUAGAAUUACCUUUUGAUCCUAAAUACUGAUUCACGAUUGAGUUAAGCUAGACAACUGUAAGAGAAACACGUAUGCUUUGUACAAUGUUUGGUAUUGGAACUAACGAAAUUAUCAAGAUGACAAUGUCUUUUUUUGUUUUUUAAGUCUCAGUUUGAUAACUUUAUAUUAUUACUUAGAAGCAUUAGUUAAAAGCCUACUAACCUGCAUUUUCCUAUAGUUUAGCUUUGUUGGAUUCUUUUUUGACACUGGAAAUGUUUAACAGUAGUUUUACUAAGGAAGCCAGGCAUGCAACAGAUUUUGUGCAUGAAAUGAGACUUCCUUUCAGUGUAAGAGCUUAAAGCAAGCUCAAAUCAUACAUGACAAAGUGUAAUUAACACUGAUGUCUGUGGUGUUAAAUUUGCAGUAGAGCUUGAGAAAAGUACAUUGUGCUGGAAUUUCAUCUUGAACAUUUUAUAAUCUUACACUUGCUUCUUGUCUUUACGUGGGUUCAAGAGCCCAAUGACUUAUGAAGAAUUUGCUGCCCUCUUAAGAGCUUGCUGACUUGUUUUGUGAAAUUUUUUGAACAUCUGAAUAUUGUGGAAGAAACAAUAAAACUACACCAUGAGGAAAACUGAAGGUCUUUAUUUAAAAUCUGGCAUUGUAUUAACGUGAUUUUCUACUACAUGGUAUUUUAUACAUUUCCUCAGUAGUGAUAUUUGGUAAAGCAGUUCAUAUAGUUUUUCAUAAGUUCCAUGAAUCUUACCCAGUGUUUACUGAAAUAUUUAAGCAGCAUCUGAGUAUUUCCACCCAGCAAUGUUAGUUUAUCUCAGAAAGUUCAGAAUUUCAUCUUGUUGAAUUUCCCUUUUAACUUCCGUUCAUAGACAUAUACAUGACUUCCAAUUCGACCCUCCGGCAAGUGAGUGUGGAAGAAAACAGCAGUUCUGUUAUAACUGCUUGAUGUUAGGAAAGCACUUAUUUCCUAGAAGCAAAUAAAUGUUUAAGUAAAUAAAGGCUAUGUUUUGCUGAA